GCCGUAGUCAGAUUCGCGGACGCGCGUGCGCCGACCGAACCGUGCUUCUGAGAGUGAAGGAGGAAGGGCAGCCGUAACUCCGUCGGGGUCAGAGGAGGCAGUUUCUCUUGCGUGCUGUGGGGCGAGAAAACAUCACGAUGUCUUCUGGUUUGUUGCCCAAGCCACAAAUGAAAGACCUCCUGGGAAAAUAUGCAAGAAGGAAUUUUCUGAUAGGAGUUACUUUAGUAACAGGAAGUCUGGUUUUCUUGGAGUAUGCUUUCAUUCAAGGAAGGCAAAACAAAUACAGAGAUUUCUAUAAAACAUUUGACUUCGCGAAAGACUUUGAGGACAAGAAAAAAGCAGGAGUGUUUCAAAGCCUGAGGCCUAACUGACAUCUAAUAAUCGUAGAGCCUCCUCUUGGAGACAAGAUAAUUGAAUAUUAUUGUGAUCAAUAACGAUCACCUUCAGUGCUGGUCCUGCUGUAAUUUGCUCAUUAAAUCAAUUCCUUAUCUCAGA